AUGUCUUUAGUAAAGAGCUCUCUCUACAAUGUCAUCUUUCUCGUCGUCGCUUUUACUUCAUCAGUACAACUAACGGCCGCGCAAGCCGUCUUGUGUGGCCAGUAUCAGAAUUUGACCAGUACUUCAGGACAGUACAUGAGCAAGUCCAAAGUAAAAGAUGAAAAGGAUGGAACUGCCUUCUCGACCACCUGGAUUUGGGGGGCAAAUGAUACUUAUGCCUCAGAUACACGUGUGCACUCUUAUGCCAAUGUCAAGUCGAGAUCGGCCGUCCUCCCUGUGAUGCUUUCGAACAUUUCAGGGAUUACAGUCAGCGCAAACUGGGCCAUGUACCCGAGCGGGACCGGAAAUCCAAACACUUUUGAUAUCGACGGCUUAGACGCCAUUGGUGCAAAGGCCGACGUGACUCUGGACUUUUUCCUCGAUCCUGACAAGAAUCAGUCCACCAACGUUACGAAUCCAAAGUUUGAAGUCAUGAUCUGGUUUGCCGCCCUAGACGAGACGGAGCCCAUAGGGUACGCGAGCGGCUCAGCUGGUAGUGCCAUUCUAGAUGGUAAGAACUACACCCUUUUCGCUGGGCAAAACACCCAAGUGGAUGGGAUGGACAAUCAACCCGGCCAGGAGGUUUUCAGCUUUGUUGCUCCGAAGAACAUGACGUCCUUUUCGCAGCUGAAUGUUCUGCCGCUCUUCCAGUACCUCAUGGAUGGGGGCAAAAUGGCUAACUCAACCUAUCUUGGCACUGCGCAAUUUGGCACCGAGGCUUUCCAUACGGAUGGAAAGAAUGUAACGUUUGAGGCGAGCGGCAUCGACCUGACCGUUCAGACAACUUUGGUGCCACCAGCAAAAAGCACUGCGACGCCAACAAAAAGCAGUACGGCGCCAACAAAAAGCAGUACGGCAUCAACAAAAAGCAGUACAGCAACGGCAAAAAGCAGUACGGUACCAGCAAAAGGCAAUACGGUACCAGUGAAAAGCAAUGCGGUGUCACUCAAAGGGGUGGAGGGUAUCGUAUGUUGCUGGGGUUUGUUUGAAGCGGCGAUAGGGGGAUGGAUGCUCUGGUCUUGGAUGCUGUGA